UGCAGCGGGUCUUAGAAUAAUGCUGCUUUCUAGGGUUUUCUUUCCGGGAGACGGUUUUCACGUGCAGUUUUUGUUAAUCGGAGAGUGACGUGUUAGUGGCGUUGUGCUAGAUUUUUGAAUGAUUUGAUUGUGAUUUGAGAUGGGAUCGUGUGGGGAAUCUGUUAUCGUUGAUGAUCGCUCAGGAGAGUCUGUUAUCGAACAGCAUUUGUGCUCAGAGAUUCCGAAGCAGUUAGUUUCCGUGCAGGCGUCCUGUUCUGAAGAAGCUUACAAUGGGUUGGACACUAAUAUUGACCCCUCCAGUAUGAUUGAUGGUUAUGAGGGUGAGGGUCAUGCGGGUUCUGCAAGCAUUGUUGAUGUUACUGGCGGGUCCGGAGAUGCUUUGGAUUUGGCAAGUGAGUGUAAGAAUGUUGAUAUGUUACCAUUGGAGAAAACUGCAGAAGAUAAUUGUCAGAAUUGUUUGGGGAUUUCUUGUGGGAACAGUGAAAUUUCCGGUCCAAAAAGUGGUUCAGAGUCAAAUUUUCAAGACGAUGGCAACUUUGACCUGCCAUUGGAAUCCUUAACUACAAAUGAGUUGCAGAGUCAUUGUGCCCAACAGGAUGAGCAGAAUGAUGGUAAGAGCGAUGUAUUACCCUCAGAAGGAGAUGAUUUAGAUCUCACGGAAGGGAAAAACAGCGAGGCUGAUUUUCUCGCUGAUGCUUUCAAUUGUGCACUUGAUUUCAGGCAUUCUGGAAUGUCUUUGGAAUCAGAAUCCGAGGUUGACUUGCUAGUUGAUUGCAGCCUGAAAAAUGAGCAGGAGGAAAUUAUGAGAAAUGCAGAUCCUUUGUUGAAGGUUGUAGAAAAAUGUGAGGCUUUAAUUCAGAAGGAAGCUGAUGCUUCCAGGCACAUAUCACCUUCUCCAGUUACAGAAGUGCCAUCAGCUGCAUUAUGUACAGAUACAGAAAUAGAGAGCACAAGUGAUCAGCUACAUUGUCUGAAAGAUGGUGAGGAUUGGAAUCAUACUUGUGAAGAAAUCAAUAUUAGUUCUUGUGUAAAUUUAUCAUCCUCUCCAGGUUGCCAUGUGACCUUGGGGAGGUCACCUGUAGUUGAUUCUCCUUGUGAGCCUGUCAUGUUGGAUCCAGGGUGUGAAAUGAAGAAUGGUGUAAUGCCAAUAGAAGAUAAUUUCUGUAAAUUGAAGGAUUGUACCUCAGAGGAAACAGCCAACUCUACCUUUAAAAAAUCAUUAUAUCCAGAAUCAGGUCAGCCCUCUGAUGUACCUGAUUUCUGUUGUUUGGGCAAUGAUGUCUCCGUCAAUAAUAAUAGUGCAGUGGAUAAUCCUGGACAGACAGGUAAUGAUGGAAAAGAAGCUGUUGAAAUUGGUUGUGUUACUGAAAGCAUUCCAUUACCUUCUCAAAGAAAUAGUCAGAGAACUAAAUUUGGUUGUAAGACACAAACCAAAAAGGCUACAAAAAGAUGCAAGAACAAGGCCAAGGUGACUCGUCUUGGUGGGGGUAUGGAGAUAAACUUAGAGGCUGCCAGAAAGAAAAGAAGUUGUUUCUCCAAACCAGCUCGUUCUUCUACGUGGGGAUUGAUUGGGAAUAUUAAACACUUUUUUGAAAAAGAUAAUGAGCUUGGAGUUGGGGAAGCCAUGUGCCAAGAAUUGGGAAAAGCUAGACGUAGGCGUCAAAGUGGGAAAGCAGCUAGGAAUGAUGCAGGUACUAGCUCAUUGAGUUCAGUACAGAAAUGUUCUGUUUCAACUACUCGCGUUCGUCUGAAGAUCAAGUUUGGGAAAGAAAUUGAUUUAAGUUGCUCAAAUGUCUUGAUUCCAGCAGCUGCUGAUGGCUUGACUUCUGCUUCCUUCUUGGGGUCUGGCUUAGGUUCUCAGGAAGUAGCCAGCAAUGUUGAAGAAAAAUUUUCAGAAGCAGCGGCUAUGGGAAAUUUAGAAUCUUUCAAUGACAACCUGGAUAAGGAUGGUCCUGUUCUCAAAGGAGACAUUGUAAAUAGCCAGUUAGAAAAUACUGAAAUAACAGGGAAAUCAGAUGGGGAUGCAGAGGAACUGUGUCUUGCUGUUCCUUCAGAGAAGGUGGUUGAAGCAUUGAUUGAACCUAUCAAUAAUAAGGGUAUGGAUCCUGGGACUUCACCUGAUUCCGAAGUUAUUAAUUCAGUUCCUGAAGUCCAGGUUGGAGAAAGACAUCAAGAAGAUGUACAUCAUGCUAUCUUAGGCUCUUCGAAAGAUUUAAAUUCUAAUUUGGAUGUUACCUUCAGUAAGAGAGGGAAGAAAAAAGACAAACUUAUUUGUUCCAAUAAUUGUAUCACUGAAGAUGGAUCACAAUGUCCACCUGGGAAUAGCAGAGCUAAGCAUUCAAAGAAUCGCGGACGUAAGAAGAAUUCCAGUGAUGCAUUUAGCUCUUUGGAAUUGGCUACUUCUACAGAGAUAAGCAUACCUGUGAGCAGUAAAGAAUUGUCCAUUGAAUCAUUGCCCCUUCCUGUAGAGACUGAACUUGAAGGCCUCACGGAGGCUUUGAAUGUUAAAAAUCACAUGGAAGUUAAGACAACUUGCAAACCAUCUGUCGACCAUGGAUUAUCAGAAUCCCAGGGUUCUGAGAAUUUGCCAUCUUCUGCAAGAUCCUUUGGGCGUAAACUGCCAAAAAGUCUUAGACCUAGUAAAGUUAGCAAGACCAAGUCAAAAGCUUCUGACUCAACAAGAAGAAAGAAAACUGCUUCUACGCGAAAGGAGAAACAGAAGAAGGCAAUUAAUAAGAGUGAAGUCAAGGGAAAAGGUGUCGCUCUUAAAGUUGCAUGUGAAGCAGAAGAUCACCCACAUCCAGCAGCAAAUGGCAUUGGAAAUCAUAAGUUGGAAGCUGUUGGAAAUAUUAAUGCUGGGGACAACAAAAUAUCAGUUAAUGUAUCUAAUUUUGACAUGCUGUCUGGUGUUGGUCUGGGGGAGCAGCUUCUAUCACCCCGUAAUGCAUGGGUGCGUUGUGAUGAUUGUCACAAGUGGAGGCGAAUUCCUGCUGUGCUUGCAGACCUAAUUGAUGAAACUAACUGCACCUGGACAUGUAAGGACAGCAGUGAUGAAGCCUUUGCUGAUUGUGCUAUCCCUCAAGAAAAGUCAAAUGCAGAGAUUAAUGCAGAGUUGGGAUUAUCAGAUGCCUCUGGUGAAGAAGAUGCAUAUGAAGACUCCAAAAAUUAUAAGGAAUUAGAAUAUCGGCCACCAAUGGUUUCCCAGGAGUCAACUUUUACCCGAAUUUUGACCAAUGAGUUUCUGCAUCGUAGCCAUAAAACUCAGACUAUUGAUGAGAUAAUGGUCUGUCAUUGCAAACCACCUCAAGAAGGCAAGUUGGGCUGUGGGGAUGAAUGUCUUAAUCGGAUGCUUAACAUCGAAUGCGUGCAAGGAACCUGCCCAUGUGGGGAUCAUUGUUCCAAUCAGCAGUUCCAAAAACGCAUUUAUGCCAGCCUGAAGUGGUUUAAAUGUGGGAAAAAGGGUUAUGGACUUAAGGCACUUGAGCAUGUAGCUAAAGGCCAGUUUCUUAUUGAAUAUGUUGGAGAGGUGCUUGAUAUGCAAGCUUACGAGGCACGACAAAGAGAGUAUGCUUUGAAAGGUCAUAGACAUUUCUAUUUUAUGACCUUGAAUGGCAGUGAGGUGAUUGAUGCAAGUGCUAAAGGAAACUUGGGCCGUUUCAUUAAUCAUAGUUGUGAUCCUAAUUGCCGGACAGAAAAGUGGAUGGUGAAUGGGGAAAUCUGUAUUGGACUGUUUGCAUUGAGGGAUAUUAAGCAGGAUGAAGAAUUGACAUUUGAUUACAACUAUGUAAGGGUUUUUGGUGCUGCUGCCAAAAAAUGUUAUUGCGGUUCACCUCAUUGUCGAGGUUAUAUAGGUGGUGGUGAUCCACUUAAUGCUGAACUUAUAGUUCAAAGUGAUUCAGAUGAAGAAUUUCCAGAACCUGUUAUGCUUUCCGAAGAUGGUGAAAUUGAGGAUGCUGUACCUAUACCCAUGUACUUUGAUAAUGUUGAUACACAAUCUUCCAGGCAUAUGUUAAAAGACAGGGAUAUUUUGGACAAGUCUACCACUGCUCUCAGUGGAGACGGUUCUCCAGAGAAAGAGAGUUCCAUGAACCCUGCCUCUGCUGUUUCUCUGUUGCAUAGCUCCGUAGAAGCAGAGGACUCGAAGGGCAAGUUACCAUCUUCUGUUCAUGUUGAAGAAAUUUCUCAACAAAUGGAGGAUGUAACCAGCAAACCCAAGCCUACCUUAGAAGAAGAAUAUGCAAUAGAAUCAGAGUUUGCUGACAAAACUUUGAUUCAAAGAUUAGAGACUACUUCCCUUACAAUUGUUGACAAAGUGUUAAGUAAUAGGGAAUCCAAGUCUGAAAUAGUUGAAGGCAGGAAGGAUUUUUCACAAACACAUCUGCUUGUGAAGACUCCUAAGUUAAAUGGUUCUGUUAAAAAGGGAAAGGUUCGUGCUGAUCCUCCAAAUGGCCUUAAAGCUGAGGUGACAGCCAACCGAUUGCAGGUGUCAUCUAUCAAGCACAAAAAAGUAGAAGGUUCUUCCAAUGGAAGGUUUGAAGCAGUUCAGGAGAAACUAAAUGAGUUGCUGGAUGGAGAUGGGGGAAUAAGCAAAAGAAAAGAUGCCACCAAAGGGUACUUAAAGCUUUUGUUUCUCACUGUGGCAUCAGGUGAUAGAAGCAAUGGUGAAGCAAUUCAAAGCAAUCGAGAUCUUUCCAUGAUCCUUGAUGCCCUUCUGAAAACAAAAUCUAGGGCAGUGCUGAAUGAUAUAAUUAGCAAAAAUGGUUUACAGAUGUUACAUAACAUAAUGAAGCAGUACAGGCAGGACUUCAAAAAAAUUCCCAUACUACGAAAGCUUCUUAAGGUCUUAGAGUUCCUAGCUGCAGGCAGGAUAUUGACAUCCGAACAUAUCUAUGGUGGUCCUCCAUGUCAUGGAAUGGAGAGCUUUAGGGAGUCAAUGCUUUCCCUGACAGAGCAUGAUGACAAACAGGUCCAUCAAAUUGCUCGAAGCUUCAGAGACAGAUGGUUUCCCCGACAUGCCAGAAAACAUGGCUAUAUGGACAGGGAUGAUAAUUGGGUGGAAUCUCACAGAAGUUUCAACUGUAACAGAUUUCCUGUAUCACAGUCUCUUAGGCAUGAGCAGGAUAUAAGGGCUACAGAAGCAAUUGAUUGUACUCAGCAGUCAAUGCUUGUGACAACUUCAGUAGAUGCUGGUGCCCAGGAAGCCUGUCCUGCAGUGUCUCUAGAUGGUGUUGAAAUCAAAGGGGCAAAAAAACGUAAGCGUAAAAGCCGAUGGGAUCAACCAGCAGAGGGAAAUUCACAUUCUGAUAUGGUCAUUAGCUCUAUUGGUGAAAGCCAGAACAUUCAAGAGGAUGUCCCACCAGGGUUUUCAUGUCCAAUGGGUUCAUUAAAUGCUUCCCUAAACUCUGGUAAUUUUGGCUUGCAAAAUGCAAGCCAUUCUGGAGGUCCCUCUGAUUUAGUUAUUGGUCAUCCAAAAGAGAAGUUUAACUCUCGUUUGCCUGUCUCGUAUGGAAUGCCAUGGUCUGUUGCCCAGCAGUAUGGAACACCUCAGGCUGAAUUUGCAGAGUGUUGGGUCACUGCUCCUGGCAUGCCUUUCCACCCAUUUCCUCCACUACCCCCCUAUCCACGGGACAGCAAAGACUGUCAACCUUCUAAUACUACUAUCAAUGCUGUAACAGUCGAUCAACCUGCUGAAGUUAGGCUUUGUGAUACAAGUGGUAUGGUUAAUUGUUACUCAGAUGAUAUGAUUCCCAGCACAACUGGUUCUAACCCUGAAGACCUUCAGUGCGGGGACAAUAAACACAUUACUAAGAGAUUGAAGGAUGACUCCAAUGAUUUGGGAAGGAGGUACUUUAGACAGCAGAAAUGGAAUAAUUUAAAAAUACAUCGACCAUGGUUCAGGAGGAAUGCAUGGAGUUGUAACGAGAACAACUCUAGCGGUGAUUUGUGCAGUAUAGAUGUAGAUGUACCAAAAGACUCAAAAGUUACUUGUAAUGCGGAGGAUGCAAUCUGUAGAGAGGAGAAAGGUGGCAAUAAUAUUUAUUAGCAUGCACAGCAGCAACAUCAAUAUUGUUCACAGGAAAAAGAAAUUAUUUUUGUUUUCUUUUUUCUUCCAUAUACAUUAAUGUACUGUCAAUUCAUUUGUUCCGGAAUCUAUUAUUCAAUGAAAAUCUCAUUCAAUUUC